CUGGGUGGACUUUGGACAAUACUUGGUCGGCUUUAGAUCUCAUAUCUUCUUUCCCGCUUUCUUAUCUCAUAGGUUGACACUCUCACGUUGACCAUAAAUCAAAAACACCGCAAGUUUUGAAUCGAAGAUUUGGGAUAAGAGAGAGGAUGGUGGAGAGAACGAUGAGUCUAGGUGUGGGAGUCAACAAAGAAACCAUGCAAGCGCAGCAGGAGCUUCUUCAGAAGAUCACUCAUGAGCUCGACACUGAACGGGAAGCCUCUUCAACAGCAGCUUCAGAGGCCUUGUCAAUGAUUCUACGCCUCCAGGGAGAGAAAGCAGCGUUGGAGAUGGAGACUAGUCAGUACAAGAGAAUGUCCGAGGAGAAGAUGUGCCACGCUGAGACUUCUCUGACGCUCUUCGAAGAUCUGAUUUACCGCAAGGAAAUGGAGAUGGCGUCUCUUGAGUUUCAGGUUCAGGCUUACAGAUGCAAACUACUCAGCCUCGGCUGCGCUGAUGUACAGGCCGAGGAGAAGAAAGGUGUUGAGAGUAGUUCUUUAUCUCCUCGUCAAGACUUGAACGCGUGUUGGGAAGAGAUCAGAAGAAUAGACGAUCAUGUGAGAGAGGUUUCGGAGUCGAGAGAUGUUGCCAAGGGAUCUAAAUGGCAUUUGCUUAGGCGUGAGUCUAUUUCACAUGCAUUGGUUUCGCAGGUGAGUAAUACUAUCCUAGAGUCAGCCAAGAGUGAUGUCAGUUCGAUUAUGGAGAUGAUCAAAAACCCUGAAAGGUUCACUGCUUCAGACGAGGUUCCAAGGACCAAGGAGAGCCUUACAAUCAUCUCGGAAGAAAGAAAUGUUGGAGGCAAGAUGGUGAGUAGUGAUUACAAAAGAAAUGUGAGUAAGCCGCCAAAAGAUACGAGCAUUGAGGCAGAGCAUAUGAGUUUGCUAAAGGAGAUUAGAGAGCAGAUUAAUGAAAUGCAGUCAGAGAUGAGAAGUUUAAGAUCAGAACUGCAUCAAACUCGACUUGUUUCUCAUUGUGAAGAGGAUCGAGCCAUUAACUCAAUUCAAGAGGCCAUGAUUCACUUCUGGCUUUAGAAGCUACAUUGCAGCCAGGGGUGAAGCUAGACAAUUUAUCUGGUGGGUGCACUAUCAUUAAUAAAACAUAAAAUGAAAAGAAUAAGGAAUCGAACCCGGAUUAAUGUGGGUGCACAACCUCACUUUUCCAUUUGAUCCAACAGAUUCUAUUUGUUUUCUUUAGCUAAAUUAAAACUAUAUAUAAUAAUUACGGGUGCACAUGCCUCAAUAAUGUAUAGCCUGGUUUCGCCCCUGAUUGCAGCGUGGUUCUAGUUUCAUAUUCUAAGAUAUUUAACCUUCCAAGAGUAAAUCUCUAGUAUUUGUAUGGAACUACAUUAGCAUUGUGAGAGAGAGAAAAUCUUACAUCUCUGCCUAAUCUAAAGAGACAUGGAUGGUAAAAGAAGUAACUAAAGUUGAUCAACAUGUAUGGUUCUUUCAUCCCUAGAAUAAUUAUCUUAAAUCAAGAGUGGUGCCUCUCAAACAUUUUUAGUGGUAGACAUGACCACAAGCCAGCAUGCACUGCUCUUGUAGCUGCACAAAGAAGCAUUAGGCUGUUCUGGAUCAGAAGAUAGAUCUCUUUGGCACUGCUUUAUUGACCAAUGAGGGACCUAUCGAACUCGAUGUACCGAGUAAAGUAUCUGGUUUGGUUUGCUCUUCAACGUUGGACCAAUGUUUUUGGUCUCAAAACGCGAGCAGAAAGGUACCUUUUAGGUAUUAUGUUCCUGUGAUAUUCUCUUCUUUAACUCUCAACUGAUAAUGUUAAAUCCUCCAUGACUAAUCAAAUCAAAUGUAACGGAGGACAGUAACUUUGAAGACACUUUGUUCUUUGAUUGUCCUAACUACAAUUUUUCUUGGAA